AUGCUUAACAGUGACUGUAAAACUGUGACUAUGCAUGGGAGUGGCGAUUUCAAGUUUUGGAUAGGAUUGGGCUAGUUCUAUGGUGUUUUUUACACAGACUUGGCAACCCUGUAUGAACAUUUCCCGAAACCAGUGCUGCAAAGAUUUCACUUUUUCUAACUUUUGCGGAUUGUGCUUGAAGUCAAAUCCUCUAAAAUGGGAUUGGAAAUCUAUUUAGAUCUGUUAUCGCAGCCUUGUCGCUCCGUUUACAUCUUUGCCAAGAAAAACAACAUCCAGUUCGACUUCAAGAAGAUCUCGUUGUUUGACGGAGAGCAAUACGGUGAGGAGUUUGGGAAAAUCAGUUUAAUAAGAAAAGUACCUGCAAUCAAAGACGGGGACUUUUGCUUGGCUGAAAGUGUUGCUAUUCUGACGUACUUGGCUGAGAAGUUUAACACUCCAGACCACUGGUACCCAGCUGACCUGCAGAAGCGUUCUCUAGUAAAUGAAUACCUGUCAUGGCAACACUCGGCCAUCCGAAUACACGGAUCCAAGAUCCUCUGGUUGAAGCUCAUGAUUCCAAAAGCUAUGGGAAUGGAAGUUCCUAAAGAGAAGAUGGAUCUCGCAAUAGAGAAUCUUGAUGAUGCGCUGAAGGUUUUUGAGGAGAAGUUUCUUCAAGACAGACCAUUUAUUAUUGGUGAUCAGAUCUCUUUGGCUGAUCUUGUUGCUAUUGUGGAAAUCAUACAGCCUGUAGCUGCUGGUCUGGAUGUGUUUGAGAACAGGCCCAAGCUUAAGGCAUGGAAGGACAGAGUCAGGGAAGCUAUUGGGGCUGAGCUGUUUGAUGAAGCCCACAAGGCCAUCUCCGCUUGCCAGGAGUAUGUGGAAACUGUGGAUCCCAGGAAAUUUGAGCCAUUUAAACCCAAGAUUUUGAAGUAUUUCCUCUAAUGAAAAACUGGAAAUGAACACCGAUUAUACUUUUUAUUAAUCACUUAUAUAUCCACUUUCUGUAACCACUAAGAAUAAAAUCAUUUAGCAUUUUAAUUUUACAGGGCAGACAGCCCAAUUCAUUGUCGAAAGACAAUACUAAUCAACUUUGUUGGUUUUUUUUUGUAUUUUACUUCAUGUAAGAAUGCAAACUGUGAAAUACUACAAAUGUGAACAUUUACUCUUAGAUGUGAUUUACUCUCCUCAUGGAAUUUUUCCAGAAAAUAAUUUUACAUCCACAGGAAGAAGCUGGGUUGCAUAUUUCCUUCCUCUGUGUUUAUGUCUUGUUAUCAGAUAUUAUGCAUGUUAACUGGACGCAGGCACUGUACUAAAUUCCAGCCUAGUUUGCUUCUUGUAGAGCACCCAUUGGGAAACAGUUGAAGAAAAAUCUCAGAUAUUGCGAAUAAAUCUUGUACUGUUUGCAAAACUC